AUGUCUUCCCCACUUUCUGCCGAAGAUGAAGAUAUCUUCGAGCGUCUUCAACAGCGUGCUGACCCGAAAGUUCUCGAGGAGCGUCAGCAGGCCGUGAAUGAGCGAAUACACGCAAUCUACCAGAAGGCGCAGACCCGUCUUGGGGAAUUGAUCGACCAAAAUUCCACCCUUCCAUGUGCCAUUUCCUCUGUUCAAAUCCUCAACGCACACCACACGCGCAGGGGCUUUCUUGAACGGAUUUUUAACCCUCUCUUGAGUUCUAACCAGAAGAAGCCCUACACACUCUCUGAAGCCUUACGGGAAGUCUCGGCACGUGCCAAUAGACUAAGUAGAUUUGACAUUUUUCAGCAACCAGUGUCUGUGUACUUGGAUCAAUCACCCGAAGGAGACCCACAAACGGGACUACCAAAUCUUGACGUGUAUGUAUCGGUCAAAGAAAAGUCUCGUGUUCUGUUGAAGACCGGGACCGAUCUCGGUAACACUGAGGGAUCCGCAUAUGGCAAUCUUCUCUGGCGGAACGUGUUUGGCGGUGCCGAGAACCUAAAUUUGAACGCUUCACUGGGUACUAGGACAAGGUCUGCCUACCAAGCAACAUUUGAAACACCUAUUUUGAGUGACCCGGAUUUCCGCUUGGAAAUUGGCGGAAUCGCUAGCUCUACCCAAAAGGCUUGGGCUAGUCACGAGGAGGCCUUAAAAGGUGGCUGGAGUAAGCUCCGGUGGAUGAAUCAGUCUGGCCAUCGCCAUGAAGUCGGGUACAAUGGUUUUUGGCGGCAGAUGACUGGCCUGGCGGAGAACGCAUCCCCAACAGUCCGAGCAGACGCAGGUGAUAGUGUGAAAAGCAGCAUCUUUCAUUGCUGGUCCAAAGACUGCCGGGAUAAUGGGCUUCUUCCAUCUCGUGGCUACUAUGCUAAAGCUUUCAAUGAGCUAGCCGGCUGGGGUCCGCUAAAGGGAGAUGUGUCUUUUUGGAAAUCUGAAAUUGAAGCGCAAAAUGCAAUUCCAAUUCCAGUGCCUGGCAUCGAAGGCGAUAGUGGUAUCAGCUUUACCACUGGAUUCCGUGCCGGUCUCCUUUAUCCCCUUGGAAUGGAUGCCGACCACAGACUCCAGGUUUCGCGCACUAAUGAUCGCUUUCUUCUCGGUGGCCCCACGGAUGUUCGCGGUUUCCGCCUCUGCGGCCUUGGACCUCACGAUGGAGCUGAUGCUGUAGGGGGAGACGUAUAUGCUGCAGGGAGUGCAAACUUGCUACUUCCACUCCCCCGAGUUGGUGCGGAAAAGCCCUUGCGAUUUCAGGCGUUUGUGAGUGGCGGUCGUCUGUUGCCGCUACGAACCGCACAGAAGAGCGCACCUACUACAGGUUCAGAAGUGAAGGAUGCCAUGGUUUCUACAGUUUCCGAGCUGGGUAAUGGAAUGCCUAGCAUUGCAGCAGGAGUUGGACUCGUGUACGCUCAUCCAGCUGCUAGGUUCGAGCUGAACUUCUCUUUACCACUGGUGCUAAGGAAAGGCGAAGAAGGCCGAAAAGGUUUGCAGCUUGGAAUAGGUAUUAAUUUCCUGUAG